UAAAUAUUUAAAAAAAACCUUUUGAAUUAAAUUUUCAGAUUUACAUGAUUCUUGAAAAAGUUUGUUUGCUUGUGUUGAUACUUGUCAACUGUAGUGAAGGAUGGAGAGCAACGGGAAAGGCUUGUGAAACAAUGGCUGGAAUUGAGUACGGGGUUACACAGCCUUGUACUGAAGAACUUUUUAGGAAAGCUAAAAAAACAGCAAAGCGUGGACCAAAAGGACUGCUGUGCACCUGCACUGGUACAGCAGUUUCCUAUUUCCUUUCUGUCGAAGAUCCUGGAUUACGUAAACCUGAGAAUUGUGAGUGGGACGAAGACACUCAAAAAUACUUGAAAACAGGUGUCCCAACAACAUGCACAAGCUUCAUAAUAAGUCAAUAUAAAGAAGAAGACUAUCCAAAUCCCGAAGAAUAUUUGUGCACUUGUAUUAAAGGGAAGGCCGAGCCAGCUUCCUGUUGGACAAUGCCAAAUGGAAAAGAGAAAUGCGAUACUAAAUAUACCGGUGGUAGGAUGGACAUUAAACGUGAUUGGUCAGUGAAUAACCCGAUGGGGAAAGAAGCGGAAAACUUUAAUAAAGGAAGAAAAAAAGGAAACCGCAUGGAAGACAUGGAAGACUACUCUACAGGUUCAGAAAACCGUAUGGGACCAGGGGAGACACCAGGCCAUGAUUACAGUUGCUUGGCCACUGUGGAGGGAAUUGAAUUGUCUGAAGAAGAAUUGAGAGGAGACUUAGUUCCUUGUGGAAAAUCUGAAAAAUUUAGAGAUGAAAUUUUUGACGGAAAAAUGUCUGUGGAGAAUUAUGAAUGCUUCUGGAACUGUAAUGAAAAAGCUGAAGUUAUUUUUGGGUACCAAGUUAAAGUGGAGAACAGAAUGAUGAUGAUUAAAACAGGAAAAGAUGAGGGAAGUUCAAAUAAUAGAAAACUGGGUGGAGAUGCAGCUGACAGUUGCAUAACCCUUGAUGAUGGAACAGAAAUAAAAUCAGAUGUUCAAAUCCCCUGCACACAAGAAAUUCUUAGAAAUUUUGGAGAUCAACAAGCUUUCGAGGAUGGGAUGAUGUGCACUUGCUCUAGGGAUGGGAAUCAAUAUAGUAUGAGCAUUCAACAUAAAGGAAUCAUGAGUGAAGGCACCGACCUUAAAGAGUUUGAUGAUGAAAACGCUGCAAAGAAAGGGGAGGACUGCAUGCCUUUUGGAGAGGGAGCAAUGAUGAAAGUAGAUGAACCAGUUCCUUGCACUCCGGAAAUAUUUAGAGCCUUUAAUAUGCCAGCAGAAAAGGAUAAGGAAGGAUUAGUGUGUUCAUGUAAAAAGAAUGGAAACAAAUUUGGUCUCUCAAUGUCUGGGUCAAUGCCCUCAGGAUCAGGGAACCGUAUGGAACCAGGAGAGGCACCAGAAAAUGACCUUUCAACCAGAGAAACAACAGAUGGUGAGGAGGAGUGUGUACUGCCUGAUGAGGAGGAUGGUAUGCCUGUAGGAGAACCUGUACAGUGUACAGCCAAUAUAUUCAGAGCUUUUGGAUUAGUUGGUGAAGAUGCUCCUGAUCCAAGUAGUUCUCUUUGCUCAUGCUUCAAAGAUGGACCACUAAAAUACCAGUUGCAAAUGAACUCUAAAUAUUCUGUUGGGAUCAGUACAGAUGAAAAGUUUUGCAUUUUUACUGAGGAUUUCUCUACAAUCCCAACUGGAGAAGAAGUGGAGUGCAAUAAUGUCAUUCUUAGAGCUUUCACUGGUCAGAAAGAAAAUGAUGCUACUGGUUUGAAAUGUACAUGUACUAAGAACCAGAAUGGAAACGCUUUUUUGAGCUACACAUCUUCUUGAAGAUAAAAGGAGAGAUGCUAUCCAGAACCAAAGAUGUUUAAAUGUGUUGGUUUUUUGUUAUAUCAUUAUUGUAUUUAAAAAUAUUAGCAAAAUAAAUGUUUUAGAAUUUA